UCAUACUGGCUUUUAAAGCUUUGCAGUCUAAUACACAGUCGUUCCAGUGUACGGCCACUGGUAUAGAGAGAGGAGCUUCCAAAAUUCUGGUGCAUAUUUGAAUCUCUGGAGAUCUUGUGAAAAUGCAGAUUCUGAUUCAGUAGGUCAAAUGAGACUGGCAAGUUCUGAUUUCUAAGCUCCCAAUCGGUGUUAAUACUGCCAAUCUCGGGGACACCCUUGGGUAGUAGCUCCAGAGGGCAUCCUGGAUUCUGUUCAUCCCGGAUUCUGAUCAUUGUUUACUCCAGCCUGAGGUCUGGAAGUUACCUCUUCCCUUCAUCUUCUCCUCAUUUGCCCCUGGCAGCUCUUGUCACCAGGUCCUGUCAGUUCCACCCCAGUGCUCCCUGCAGCUCUUACCCAUUCUUGAUGGACUGAUUCAACAUUCUCUUUCCUGUUUCCCCACCACCGCUCCCCGCUUUGGCCACAUUCUCUGCCAUACGGCCUCCUCAUAGGGCUUUCUCAUUCCUUCUUUCCUCUACCCAUGUUGUUUUUAUGACACAGAACGCUCUUUCUGUCCCCGACCUCUCUCUUAAGAGACCACAGCAUCCCUGGACCUCCUCUGUGCUUCUACUCGUCACCAACGACGACUGUCUAGGAACAACCUGCCCUUCUGGUUCAGUUCUGCGUUUCCAGCGCCCAGCUCCAUGUCGAUCAGGCUCUCAGUAAAUACUUGCUGAAUUUAACAAACAAAACCUCAACUUUGAAUGAGCGAGGCCAAACAAAGACCUCCGCAGCUUUCCUGAUCAAAAUGAACAUUCCUUUCAGAUUAUGCAUCAGGUUUAAAUAACCCACUGGAAAACAAGACAAAACAAAACAAAACAAAGUCGAUCAAAAUUAACAAAGUAAGUACUUAUAUCCUGUCUGGGUUGGGUGGUUUAAUAGGGGCUCAAAGCAGGCGACGGGACAGGAAUGAGAGGAUGGAUGCUGGCAAGAGCUCGGAGAUCUGCUUUCAAAUCUGGACUCGUCCCAGCAGGGGGAAAGGCUAGAGCUCCGGGACAGGGUGGAGACGGCCGGCCGACCCGGGACCUUCCGGGGCCCUGGAGAGGGUCUGAAGCGCGCAGCGCGACUGCGGGGCUCGGUGCGACCGCCCGUGAGCGCCGAGGCCAGCACCCCGCGCCCCGCGCCAGCCCCGGCGGCUCCUCCACUGGGAUUUCUCUCCGAGGCGUCACUGGCGUCCCAAGUCCGGGGCGCCUCUUUGCUGCUUCCUCCCCUCGGCGAUCGGCUCCGGGUCCCCCGGCUUGGCCCGGCGCGCCCCGAGCGCAGCCCCCGGAAGUGCGCGCCGGAGGCCCCGGCGAAGAAAAUCCCGAGCGAGCAGCUCUGUACUUUGUCUCGGGCGUGUGCAUCGGGCUGGUGCUCACCCUGGCCGCCUUGGUGAUGAGGAUCUCUUGCCACACGGACUGCCGGCAGCGUCCCCGGAAGAAGUUCCUGCAGGACCGAGAGAGCAGCAGCGACAGCAGCGACAGCGAGGAUGGCAGCUCGGACACGGCGUCUGACAUCUCGGUCAGGAGGCACCGCCGCUUUGAAAGGACUUUGAACAAGAACGUGUUCACCUCGGCGGAGGAGCUGGAGCGCGCGCAGCGGCUGGAGGAGCGGGAGCGCAUCAUCAGGGAGAUCUGGAUGAAUGGCCAGCCCGAGGUUCCGGGGACCAGGAGCUUGAACCGCUACUAUUAGUGGUGGGAGCCGAAGCCCGCGCGGGGCAGGAAGCCGCCGGCGAGGGCCAGAGUGCGCCGGGAGGGUGGGCACAGAGCCCAACGCAGUUCUGCUGAAGUCCUGGGGGCAGAGAUAAGCAGGACACGCCCGUUUUCUAGCCAGGAGACCUCAGCUUUCCUUUUCGACUAAAUUAACGGAGAAGUAGAAAAACCAAGCCUGUUUAUCAAUCUUUCCAGGUCGUGGAAUGGUGCUGAAAAACCCUCUCCAGAAAUGUGGAUGGAGAUUAGAGAAACAGGACUGUGGUUUCUCUUGAUUUCUGAGGAUCUCAGAAGUUUCUGCAGACUUCAGUGCUAUGUGUUAUUCCUUUAUAAAAGGAAGAUUAUCAUGGCAUGAAGGCUAGGAAAAGCAGGGUGAACUUAACCCAGUAAAUGCAAUUUUUAAAAUGACCCCAUGCUAUGCAGGUGGUACUCAUCCAGAUAGCAUGAUUUAUGAUUAUUAUUUAAGGCUGAUUUUUAAAUCUUGUGUUGCAAUGGAAACCUUGUCCAUUUUAACUGGCACCUCAGGGAUUAAAAUCCUAUUUUUUAGUAUAGUUCCCACCUCAUUCAUGAAAAUGGGUAGAAUUAAUGUAUUAUGGGAGAUGUGUCAGUGUGCUAGAAAAUAUCAAUAACCUCAAAGGAUGAAGGGUUUUAUUUUAAAUAGUUUAUAAAAUAUAUAUUAACGUGCAUAUUUGAAGAUGCUGCAUAAGAAGAGCUGUGUUUUCCCUCAUUUGGAGAGAAGAAAUUUUGUUAUGACUCUAGAUGAUGAUGAUUUUAAACAUUUUGUUAAGAAAAAAAACAAACAAGUUUGGAUUUCCAAGAAAAGAAUGAGAGUGGGAGAUGAGGAAUAAAGCCAAAAUUAGGAUGAGAUUAAAAAAAUAAAUAAAUGUUACAUAAAG